ACUGCGAUGUUGGCAUCUUGUAAUCGAUAGGAAAAUAAAUGUGAAUAAAAGGACAUUUCGUGUGUUUAAAUGACAAUAAAAAUGGAGUUUAUGAAAAUGACGCGUUUCGUUUGCUGUUCUGUAUUACUUUUAUUGUUGGCGAUACCAGUUAUACAAUCGCAGGACAGCGCGGAACAAGUGUCCGUCGAGACGCCAUUGGGUAUUUUUAAUGGACUUUCCGAUAUAAUAACUUUAAAUAAAUCUCGCAAAUUUUACACUGCAUUCAAGGGAGUACCAUAUGCAAAGCCACCCGUGAAUGACCUGAGGUUUCGCCGACCCUUACCAAUGGAGUUUAAGAACGACCAUAUUCACAAUGCGACAUUUCACCGUCUCCAGUGCGUACAACCGCCUGGCGCAUUGAGGAAUAUAACGUUGGAACAAAGCGAGGAUUGCUUGUAUUUAAAUAUUUAUUGCCCGGGACGAGGUGUCAACGCGAGCGGCAUUUACCCGGUAAUGAUUUACAUUCACGGAGGAAGCUUCAGCGUCGGAGGGGCUAAUAUUUUUUCGGGUGAUGUCCUUUGUGCGUUCAACGACGUGAUUUUGGUCACUCUAAACUACCGUCUUGAUGUUCUUGGAUUUUUAUCUUCCGGUCAGACCGGUGAAGGAAACUACGGCCUAUGGGACAUGCACCUUGCUAUCAAAUGGGUCAACCAAUAUAUAGGAUACUUUGGUGGCGAUAAAACUAGAGUCACUUUGUUUGGAAAUUCUGCAGGAGGAGCAGCCGUCCACUACCAGGCUAUGUUUCUCGGUAAUAGGGGACUUAUUCACAGAGUAAUUGCCCAGAGCGGUGUAGCAACAGCGGGUUGGUCUGUACAGAAUGCGCCAUCAAAGCAAUUUGACGAAGUCGUGAACAACACGGGAUGCAAUUUGGGUAAGGAUUACAGUGUUAUCAUGGAAUGUCUCCGCAAGGUAAACAGUGCUUAUCUCACAAUGCAAGGUUGGCGGUUUGCCCCUUCUAUCGACAAUGAAUUUAUUUUUGAACAUCCAAAAUUGAUGUCACAUGGUUUGUCUCAGACAAUUUCUGAUCAGCUCGAUUUCUUUUCUGAAAUCGACUUCAUGAGUGGGAUUACUAGCCAAGAUGGAUUUUACGACAUUAUGGAACCUGAAUACCUAGACAAAAUUGAUUUAAAAGAUAAAAUUGUAGCUUACGUCGAUCCAACUCAUGAAAAAAAAGUGUCAGAAUAUCGUUUAGACGAGUUAGUCCAUCAGUAUACAAAUGUACCUAAACACACAUCAACAGAAUGGGAUACUACUGAAGUGGCUAGGUACGCUUAUUUAGAAUUUCGCACCGACAUUAUUUUUGCGAUACCAACGAUAUUAGCAUGUGACAAACAUAGCGAGCUUGCAAAACGGAGAAUGGAGAAAGCUGGCAAAACUUAUUUCUAUUUCUACGACCAACAGCCUUCUUUUGCGCGUCAAGUCAAAUGGAUUCCAGGCGUGCCGCAUACAUACGAGUUACCCGUCCUGUAUGGAUUUACAGAGGACCUCAAUGUCAAAUACACGAGCCCUUAUUUUGAAGAAUAUCCGCGUUAUCCGACGCCCGAAGAUAUUGAGAUGUCGAAAAUAUUGAUGCAAUUGUGGACCAACUUUGCGAAAUAUGGGAGUCCUAACAACAGGAACGCUUCCAAUGAGCUCACUGUCCCCUCAUGGCCGCAAUACCAAACAGACACUGGCUAUUAUCUAGAGCUGAAACUGAACUUAACGGACACUUCCAUAAAGCAGCAUUACAAAUCAGAACGAUUGGCGCUUUUGAGCAGUCUUCAACAUCGAGUUACUAACAGCGGACAGUUCACAGUGAAACCUGCUGUUGGUGUUGCAUGGACAAUGCUGAUGAUGCUACACAUGCAAUAAGUUACUAACAGCGGACAGUUCACAGUGAAACCUGUUGUUGGUGUUGUAUGGACAAUGCUGAUGAUGCUACACAUGAAAUGAGUUAGACGGUACUUGACAUUGGGUUACUAACAGCGGACAGUUCACAGUGAAACCUGUUGUUGGUGUUGUAUGGACAAUACUGAUGCUGCUACACAUGCAAUGAGUUACUAGCAGCGGACAGUUCACAGUGAAACCUGUUGUUGAUGUUGCAUGGACAAUGCUGAUGCUGCUACACAUGCCAUGAGUUACUUACAUUGGACAGUUCACAGCGAAACCUGUUGUUGGAGUUGUAUGGACCAUGCUGAUGAUGCUACACAUGAAAUGAGUAACUUAACAUAUAAGAAGUAGAAACAUAGGGUGGUUUUAUAGUAUGUAAAAUGUAGCCUGCCUUUGAUUCUUUUCUAAGUAUAAUGCAUUCAAAUGGUGUCAUAUUGUAUUACCUGCUUGUUGCAAACACAUACUAUUCCGAUAUAAAUAUAACAUACCAUAAAAACACAAUACGCAAUGGCAAUGAGUUUUGUUGCGAGUACGAACAAUUGUAAAUUCUGCAUAGAUGUUUAUGUG